AUGUCUAACGAUCACACUACAUCCUUUGAAAAGCAGCUUCAUAUCAAAUAUAUACAAAACCUAGAUUCAAAAGUCACCAAAGAAACAUAUGAGUAUUGGCUUCUGGAACAUUUGAGACUCAAUGGCCUUUACUGGGGUGUUAUGGCCCUAGCCACAAUGAACUCGAAGGAAAGCCUCCCGGAAGAAGAAGUCGUUUCUUUUGUUUUGUCAUGUUACGAUGCAACUACAGGCGGAUUUGCAGCCUAUCCAGGGCAUGAUGCACAUAUACUCACCACUUUAUCAGGACUUCAAAUCUUACUCAUUUAUGACAGAUUGAACGCUUUGGAUGAAUCGCAGAAGGCGCAGACCGCCGAAUUUGUGUUGAGUUUGCGAUUGGAUGACGGAUCCUUUACUGGCGAUCGGUUCGGUGAGAUUGACACCAGAUUCGUCUUUGUGGCUGUCUAUGUACUCACUAUCUUGCAGAGAAUGACCACAGAAAUUGCUGAAUCAUCUCAAAAUUUCAUAAUGGAUUGUCAGAACUUUGACGGUGGGUUUGGAAUGUUUCCCGUAGCCGAAUCGCAUGCUGCUCAAGUCUACACAUGUGUUGGUGCUCUUGCAUUGUGCGAUUCGCUAUCAAGUCUGUCUGAUAUGACAGCCUCUUGGCUAUCAGAGAGACAAGUAUUACCUCUGGGGGGCUUUAAUGGUCGUCCGGAAAAGUUACCAGAUCUGUGCUACAGUUGGUGGGUGCUCCUGAGCUUAGUGGCUUUAAAUAAGGCUCAUUGGAUAAAUACAGAGAAGUUGGAAAGCUUCAUUUUAGGAUGCCAGGAUCUUGAAGAUGGUGGGUUUGCUGACCGACCAGGUAAUCAAACCGAUGUGUAUCAUACAUGCUUCUCAAUCUGCGGAUUGGCGUUAGCUUCCGCAGACAAGUAUAGCUUGGAAGAGGUAGAUCCGGUAUUGUGCUUGCCAAAGUCAGUGGCUUCUAAGCUCAAACUUUACAAAAAAUCGUCAAUUAUUUAA